UUUUCUUUUAUUUUUAUUUUUAUUUCAUUUUGUUUUAUUUUUUUUUUUAACAAAUUCCCUCAAAAAUUUGUACUGCCUUAAAAAAAAAUAAUCCAUAUGGAUGUUCAUAUUAUUCAAAUAGAAUAUGAUAAAUAUAAUAAACACUUCGAUCAUAUCGAUCCGCAAAAAGCGCACAAUGGAGAACAAAUAUCUUUAGUAUCAUCAUCUCCUAAUGGUAGAUAUGUCAUCACAUACAGCUAUAAUGAUAAUUCAAUUGAAGAAUGGGAUGUAGAAGAUUCUAAACUGGUCCUAAAAUUUCGAGAAAAUGGUAAUUUACUAAAAAACUCAGGAUUUAUUGAUGAUAUUAAAGUAAAUGAUAGUGAACUUGUCUGUUAUGUACUAGGAAGUGAAAUUAAAACCUUUAAAAUGCCAAACAUCAAAAGUCCAAUUAGACUUAAUCCUCCGCCCAAAAUGCAGCGGCCUAGAAUUAAUUUCACUAAAAAGGGUAAUCUUGCAAUAUUCGAUGAUAAUAAAAUAUUGGUUUAUUCUAAGGACGGUAAGAUGAUGUCAUCUCAUGAACUAUUGUCACACAAUGAAGUAAUAAGAGGCGUGUCUAUUGAUGAGAAUGAUAAUAUAUGGGUUAUUUCUCCAAAUUAUUUAUUUCAUUGGGAUUUAGAAAAAUUUCGAUUGAAAUUUAGUUAUUCGCUUGGAUUUACAGCUGAUAGAAUCGAUAAAGUCAACAAUAUAUUUACAGUAAUAUCUAAAGGAAAUUCGAUCGUGAUAAAAUAUAAUAAUGAAAUUGCAAUCUUUUCAGAAAGCGUGCAUUUUCCAAUUCAAAAUAUUAAAUUGAAAGAUACCAAUAUAAGAAAAAUAGAAUUGUGCAAAAUACAAAAUAAUGAUUAUCUUUUGGCUUUUAAUCUACCUGGAAAAUAUGAAAAACAGGAUGAAAAAUACAAAAAACAGAAUAUAUUUUUAUAUCAUAUAACUGAUAUCAAUAAACAACCCAUAGACGUAUCAAAGAUUUUCAAUAAAGGCCAUUAUGAGGAUAAGUUUUAUGAAUAUAAUUCAGUUUUAGAGAAAGCAUUUGGAUUAGUUAAUGGAGAAUUUUCAUGCAUUAAUGUAGAUUUUGAUCAGGAAUUUCUUGAUAAACAUAAGGUAUUUUUUGGAUCUCAUAGGGAUGACGACGAUUUUGUUGGUUGGAAUAAUUACUUGUAUCAAGGAAGUUAUUGCAAUGAUACUUUGGCUUUUCCUGAUAUGGUAAAUUUAAGACAAUUAGUUUUAAAUAAUUGUAAAUAUAUUGAUGAAAAUGAAGAUAUAAACUUCAAAAAUCAAAAAUAUAAAUGGAGAAUAGAUCUGAAAAACAAAAAACUCUCAGUUGUUGCAGAACAAAGAAUAUUGAACUCAAAAAAUUUAGAGGAUAACUCAUGGAACUCGAAGUGGAACUGGAAAAUUCUUAAUAAUAAUGCAUUGGCGCUACGAUAUUAUGGAAAUUGUACUAGCGACACUGUAAUAAUAUAUAAUUACGAUAUCAAGAAUAAGAAAAUUAAAAUUGAAUAUUAUUAUUACAAAAAAGGACUCGUGAAGAUAAACAAAGAAUUUUCUAAAUCUAUAUUGCCGAUAACGAGUGAAAUUACUGAUUUAGAUAAAGAUAUAUAUAUCAUUGAAGACGAUAGAUGUCUUGCAAAAUAUGGACAAACUUUAUUACCGAUUUUAAUAGAGUCAUCUGGUUCAGAUUUAACUCGUCGUAUGGAAGAUAUUUAUAAAAAAUGCAUGAAACUUGUUAAAGAAGAUCCAAAAAGAAAUCUGAAAUUUCUGAAUAUUAUAACAUCAUCUAUGAAUAAAUUAUAUAAAGGCCAUUUUGAUUACAUAACCAAAUUUAAUUCUGAAAUGUUUAUGAUUUUAGACCCUUUUAAUAAAAGUGUUAAGGAUCAUUCGCAUUUUUAUACUUUUAGCCAAGAAAUGGCAAUUAUUGAAACCGGCUAUUCAAAAUUCCUUAAACCCUUUCAAUAUUUAAUUGAUUUAGUGAAUACUUUACGGAAUUUUUCAAUCGAAAGAAAAGCUAUACAAUAUAUCACUCUUAUUGUACCCUAUGUAGAUUAUUCUCGUUAUCCUUUAGAAUAUAGUUUCUGGAAUGAAUUAUUUUAUCCUCCAUCGAGUGUUUUUACUGAUACUUGUAUAAAGGAAGUUUACUCAAAUUGGAAUGGUGAAGCAAUUAUUAGAUUUAAAUGGAAUAAAUUUGGAAGGGCAUAUUAUAUUAUUAUUUGGUUAUUAUUUACGAUUUUUCUUGUAUGUUUUACAAUUGCUUCUUAUCCUACAAAUUCUAUAACUAGAGAAAUUCGUAUUAAGCUUUAUCAAACUUCAACUGUAUUUGGAGUUUUUCAUCUUAUACAUGAAUUAAGGCAGUUUAUCCAGAAACCAAAUAAAUAUUUUUUUAGUCGUAUGAAUUUAUUUGGUAAGCGUAUUUUUAAAUUUAUUCUUUAAA